UGACGAGACCGGUCGGUUACCUCUGCUCGUACUGGAACAUCCCGCUCAUAUCGUGGGUUAGUUCGGAUCCCUACCUCAGCGGCGACAACUCGUUUUCGACGCUCGCCCGCACGCUCGGACCGUACAGCAAGCUUGGCAGCUGCUUCGUCAAGCUGUUUGAACAUUGGAGGUGGACCGAGGCGAUUCUCGUCACGCGGCUGGACACGUCCUGUCGCUACGUGCAGAAGAGCAUCAUUGACAGCUUCCGCGGCGCUGGCAUCACGCUAGCAGACCAGAUGUCCAUCCCCACCGACUUCCAGUCGACCGAGGAGAUAGACAGCAUGCUCGAUCGCAUACGUCUGCGCGGGAGAA